AUGACAUACGACGAGUAUAUUGAACAAGCCAAAAGCAAAGUUGCCAAAUUUAAUGUGGUUCAUUUUCUACACAGCAUAUACUACAUUGGUCCUGAUCUUGAAACAGCGCUAAAGCAUUGCUACGAGAAAGAACUUGGGCCGAAAGGGGUAAUUUUUUCAAUUACUCCAGAUUUUAACUCUCCUUAUGCGAGAUAUGGAAAAGCGUUUUCUUCGGAAGGCUUGAUUUUGAGUCCUGGAUCUUACUACAGCAACAAGGAAGUUAUAGAUAUAGCUAAAAGAAAUGGGUGGAAGUACAAGGAAUGUUCAGGCGAGUCGGUUUCCUGUAACGUAGCAGGCAUUUUCGAUCGUUCUUCAGUGGAGGGCAAUCUUUUGCUCGACUUCCUAACACAAUGGAAGAACAUUUCACAGACUGCAGGAGAAGAAAAUUUAAAGAAAAUUUUAAGCUUCUGGGAAAUUGAAUGCACUGCUAGUAGCCAUGGACAAAAGCUAGUAACGUUUGAAAACAGGACUGUUAUGAUCUUCAAAGGAUCGUAA